ACUAAAUUAAAUCUCCAUCAUCAUGGUUGAGCAGUUUGUUGGAAACUGGAAGCUGACCACCAGCGAGAACUUCGAUGAGUACAUGAAGGCAAUUGGUGUGGGUUUCGCCACUCGGCAAAUGGGCAACAUGGUGAAGCCUAACCUGUUGUUCAGCAUGGAUGAUGCCGGGAUCAUUUCAAUGAAGUCUGUGAGUACUUUCAAGACCACAGAGAUCAAGUUUAAACUCAACGAGGAGUUCGAAGAGAUGACUGCAGACGACCGAAAGACCAAGAGCAUCUUCACUUUUGAAAAUGGCAAACUUGUGCAAAAGCAGACGUGGGAUGGAAAGACAACGUCACUCGAGCGAGAGAUUCAGGAUGGAAAACUAACAGCUAAAUGUAUCAUGGAUGAUGUUGUUGCAGUGAGGACCUACGAGAAGGAGGCUUGA